CGUCGUCGUGCCCUGUCGUCUGCGGCGCCGUGAGGGUUGUCUUCACGAGCGAUAGUUUAUAGUCCUUUUUUCUUUACGUGGUUAUGCAGCGAUAGACCCUUCGCGGCACGUACCAUUCCUCUGCACGUAGACGGUUUGCUCAGUUCUAGCCCGUUCUGACCCCCACUCGCUGCCAAGCAGCCUGCCACCACCCGUAAACAAGCCUCUGCGCAUCGGUCAGGUGUGAUCGUCGAAGGUGUGCGCGUGUGUGGUUAGUGUGGUGCAACACAUCAGGGCGCGCCUAUCAAAGAGGUGUGGCCUCCGCAAGAUCUCCGCUCGUGAAUAACCUGUGACUCGGGUGCAGUACAGAGUCGAGUCAAUCAUGGAAUCGUCCCAAGAGGCGAGCAACACCGAGCCGUUGCUACCGGGGCAGGAAUCUCAGCAGCGUCCUCCGACGCCUCCUCCGGCGGUGCCUCAUGGAGAAGAGAGGCCCGCCUCGAAGCCUCCGGAGCCGGUGAAGCAGGCUCGCGAAAUACUGCGGACCACGCUCGGCUCGCUGGUUUACAAGUUCGCCAAGGGAAUCCUGAUCGCGGGGAGCCUCUACCUUAUGGGCUGGUUGAACCUCAGCCCCGCGUGGCUGCUCAUAGGGGUGGGCUCCUACGUCGCGCAAAAGAAUUACAUCGAACAGAAGCGCAUUCGCAGCGGCAUCACCAGUGCCGACCAAGAGAAGGCCAGCGUGCUGGCCACGAUCGAAGAUCUGCCCGCAUGGGUGUUCUUCCCUGAUACAGAGAGAGCCGAGUGGGUUAACAAGAUCCUGUGCCAGUUCUGGCCGUUUGUGGGCGACUACGUCAAGGACCUCAUUCUUGAGACAAUCGAGCCGAGCGUGCGCUCCUCACUGCCUGCAUACCUGAGCAGCUUCAAGUUCGAGAGGAUUGAUCUGGGCGACGUGCCUCCCAGGAUUGGAGGAGUGAAAGUAUACAAGGAGAAUGUGUCCAGAAGCGAGGUCAUCAUGGACAUGGAGUUGUUCUACUGUGGUGACUGCAAAUUUAGCAUCAAAGUGAAAGGUUUCAAGGCUGGAAUUCGAGACCUUCAGAUACAUGGCCACGUACGGGUGGUGAUGAGGCCCCUCACUAAGCAGAUUCCCCUGGUCGGCGGUGUGACCGUGUUUUUCCUCAGACCUCCAGCUAUUGACUUCACCCUGACCAAUCUGGGACAAGUCUUGGAAGUCCCAGGACUCAAUGACCUCUUGAAGAAGGCAGUCUCGGAUCAAGUGGCUGCCAUGAUGGUACUACCGAACAAAUAUUCUGUCAAGCUUCAAGAGCACGUCUCGACCCAGACACUGCGGUACUCUCUGCCCUGUGGUGUCCUUCGGGUUGAAGUGGUGGCAGCAAAGGACUUAGUCAAGGCAGACAUUGGUAUGCUGGGCCUGGGAAAAUCCGACCCCUAUGCCAUCAUCACCGUUGGUGCCCAGGAGUUCCGCACACAGGUCAUCCCCAACACUGUGAACCCCAAGUGGAACUACUACUGCGAGGUUGUUGUCUACCAGAUUCCUGGAACCACCUUGGACAUCGAAGUGAUGGACGAAGACCAGAGCAGCAAGGACGACUUCCUGGGCAGGGUGUCUGUUGCUGUUAGCGAUAUCGAGAGCCAGGGCCAAGGAGACAUGUGGCUGACCCUGGACGACACCAAGUCGGGCAAGAUCCGCCUACGGACCUUCUGGCUGAAUCUGUCCCGAAACACGGACGACCUGGCUCUGCAACUGGAAGAAGUUAGGGCCAUCUCGACCAAGACACCGUUGUCGUCAGCUGUGCUCAUCGUAUUCCUCGACUCCGCAAAGCACCUUCCGAAUGCGAGCAAGGCGGCCGGCGAGCCCAGCCCCCAGGUGCACCUGGUGGUGGGCCAGCAGGAGCGCUGGAGCUCCAUCAAGCACAGCACCAAUGACCCUGUCUGGGAGGAGAUCUUUUACGUGCUCCUCAGCAACCCAGAAGUCCAGGAGAUGGAGGUCAAGGUGAUGGACAACAAGUGUGGGCAGGUGUUGGGCCACUUGAGUUUCCGGCUGUCGCGCCUUCUGAAGGAAGAAGGACUGAAGGUGGACGAACCACUCAUCCUGCUGGGCACUGGCCACCAGGCGAAGCUGCAGAUCACGCUGCAGCUACGAAUCCUAAAGAGCAACAAGCGCAGGACGUCCAGCUCGGAGCCCCUGCCCAGGGCAAGCCGGGGUAGCAUACGAGCCUCGGAGCACGAGGAAGUCACCCCGUCGCACAGGCCGUCCGUUGACCAACGGAGUAGCCCACCAUCCCCACGCAAGCCAAUGCCACCUCAGGUGCCAUCGCUGGACGAAGUGGUGCACUCUACGGUGUCACCCAUUCUAGACAGCAUGGCCAUGGGAGAAGGACCACUCGAAACCAGCCAGAGGGACCCACAGAGGGAGGUUCUGGGAGACCCAGGGGCGGGCAAGCUCCAGCUGACCCUUCGCUACAGUGCUCAGAGGAGCCGCAUGGUGGUGGUCGUCCACCGAGCCGUAAACUUGGUCCACAAGGAGGGUGAGGACCUUCCGGACCCUUACGUCAAGCUACAGCUGCUGCCCGACCGAUCCAAGGAAAGCAAACGCAAGACUCAGAUCUGCCGCAACACCUGCAACCCCGUCUUUGACGAGACGAUGGAGUUUGAGGCAGCGCUGUCAGACCUGGAAGGCAGCACCCUUCAAGUGCUGGUCAACUCCAAGAGUGGGUCGUCCAUGUUUUCCCGUGGCAAGACGCUGGGACGCACGCAGGUCAGCCUGGCCAACCUGGAUCUCACCAAGGCACACACAGACUGGUAUGAGCUGGAGCCGGAUACCUAGGCCAUCGUCUACCACUUCGGUUGUGAGACCAGUUGUUUUUGUUUGUUUUUUUCGACGCUGUGCAGGGAUCUACGACGGACCGAGAGUCCGUCGCACAAGAAAACUGUGUCGCUGUUGUUGUUAUUGUUGUCAUUUCUGUUUUUUCAGUGUGUUUCUUGCACUUAACAGUGGCGUCUACGAGGAGAAAAAGAAUUUGCGGCGAUGCUGCGGCGAUAGAUUAUAUUUACAAGUGCAUGCCGCCUAAGCUUACUAGGUAGACUAGUGCGCUUUCAGAGCUUGCAGUCGUGGCUUUCAGGAGAAUGCUAGACUAUUGUGAGCACUUAAUCAAUUAGUAUCGCUUAGGAAUGCAGAAGUGAUUACCAUGUAGGAAAUUGGAAUGACGCUUGUAAAUAACACUUGGCUUCUAAUACUCACUUUUCCUGGCUGAUGGCUUGUUAAACGUCUUUCAUUGAGGUACAAGAUUGAGCCUUUUUGGAAAUUUUACAUUUUACGGAUAUACUAAUAUAUUAAUCGCGUGAAGGAAAACUUAAGGGACACAUACAUGCUUCUUUUUUGCUGUUUUUAUUUCUCUGUCGUUGUCUGUUUCACCUCGAUUAUAUAUAAGAGGAUUUUUUGGAAAGCGCACAUGGCGCAUCAUGAACUUUACAAAUUGUGUGCAGUGAAAAAGUGAUGUCCAACGAUUGUGCCAUUACCAUGAAUUCACGUUGAUUGUUAUACUCUACCCCUCAUGUCCUUGUUAUUUUGUUUAAUUGCACGGCUACUUAGGGCCGAAAAAUAUCCCCGAAAGAGAAGCCCUUUUAAGUUUCUUGCUAGUUUCUGUAAAGGUCGGGCUUGCGUUAACUAAGCCACGGCAGUGUGUUCGAUCCUGUGUUGUACUUAUUGUCGCAAUCGUUAUCACAGUGUCCAUGAUAUUACGUUGGUCCUCUGUAGAAAGACACAAAAAGGUUGAGCUUUUUUUAAUUUGUCAUUUGCAGCUAUCGUAGAAAGUUUUGUGUCCAUGCCUGCAUUGAGAUGCAGCAGUUUGUCGUAAUGUUAUCUUAUCUCAUGCUGCUGUGGAAUUGAAUACGGAGUGAGCCCUUUGCCUAGGUUGUUUCAAAUCGGCUUGCAACGUUUGAUUUCAUUGUGUGCGAUUUUUGUCAGUUACUUCCUAAAGAGCGUAUUGUUUUCACACUCUGAGAUGCUCAAUGAUUUAAACGCAAGGCUGUGAAUAUAUCAGCAUGACGCAUGUUGUCUUGACAAAGCCCUGGCCUAACCGAAUGGUUUUCUCUAGUGAUGAUUUUUUUAUUAUGGGCAAGUGAAACAGAAUCGGGGUGAAAAAGACACGGUAAAAUGUGUUUAAAAUAACGAAGUAUGUUCCUGCAUAGAGACCUUAUUCGCAAAAGCAAACGAAAUGGUAUUUUCAACCUUUUUGGUUUUAGCCAUAUCCUUUCUUUUUGAGCCAAGUUAUACUGUAGUAUGCAAAUUACUACAUUUACUCAAAUCUAAGCACACCUACAUCCAUCCCCCUCACCCUCUUCGUUUUUUUUUUAUUUCUUAUCAUGUAGCCGACUUGGGCUACAAUUAUGUUUCAAAAAGUCAUUCUCAAAUGAAGAACCGUUUUCAUUUCAGUUAAGUGGUAGUACUAUCAUUUUUAAUGAAUGUGUCAUUUUGAAUAUUCACUCUAGUCCUAAAAGAUUAGGGUUGCUGUGUAGGUUCAGUAGGUGUGGUUACUUUUGAGAAAAUUUGGUAUUUCUGUCAUGUGUAUGUGUUGCCUUGUAAUCAAGAUGGUUUUAUAUGGGUACAUUUUUUAAAGCUCUGUUCCUCUUUGCAUUGUUUAUUUGUGUUAUCCUAUUUUGCUCUCUCCCCUGAUUGUUCUCCUUGCAUGUACUGAAUGUGGUGGGCACUCCCUAAUGCUGCCAUAUUAGUAUCCACACAAUAAAAAAAAAUAUCUCGCGGGUUUUUAUGUGCAAGCACAAGCAAAUGUUUGGGGACCAUUUGGUGCCACAAGGAAUUUUUCGCUCAGAGGCAUGAGUAUAUUUGUUGAAAUUGAGUGGUUCAGUCUAAGUACGUUUGACCAAUGCAAUGUAUCGAAAUGCUUCUACGCUUUAAAGGCUUGCUAGAAGAUAUUUUUAUUUUGAUUUUUUGCUGGUGCCGUGGUCCCAGAACUAUUGCUUGCGACAGUGCUGUACUUUUAUCUUGCUUUUGAGGAGCACCUGUCCUUCUGUUCGUGCUGUGUGCCGGCAUUUUUUUUCUAGUCAUUUGUUAACGUUUCUUGUUGAGCAACUCCCGCUUGUGCUACGCUUUUUCUCUUUUUUAACAACCCAGUGAUCCGAGGCGAGAUCAGAAUAAACACAAGAAUGCGGAGAAUGAGCACUUUUUAAUUGUUGAAACGACUUGCGUGUGUUGCAUGUGUUGUGUGUGUUUGUGGGGAAAAAAAGACACUGCCUUUUCUUAUUUCAUCACAUAUAUAUUUUUUGAUGGGCAGUGCUAAGUUGACGCUCCACCUUUGUAGAUGGCCGAGUGAUUUGAAAAGAGUGUGCAGUGUUUCGAUUAUCUCUUCUUUUAGCCACUUAGUUGGAAAUAAGAUUUAGCAAACCUUGUGUGUUAGCUAUUCGGCAUUCCCAAUUUUAUCAAGCUGUGCAGUGCUGUUCAAAAUUACUCAUCUUUCACGGUAGUCUGUCCGUUCUACAGAAUACAAAGAAUUGUAAGGUAUCCAAUCGGUGGCCCCACAUGACCCCAGUGAAGGGUCAUUGACCCUUCCUCCCUGUUUCCCUGUCUGCUCCUUUACCAUGCGAAAUGUGUGAAUGUACCAAGGUUAUACGACAGGCCUCUAGCGCGAUAAAUUUUAUAAAACUACAGUAUCGUUUAAACGAAACCAACUUCUAUGUCCUCAAGCCUGUGGAGUGUCCUAACCAACGAACCCCAGUGUCUCCAAGGUGUCGAAGCAACUGUACCCUGCGUGGCAUUGUUAUUACAGUAAAAGCUGUCACCUGUUGCCGAUGUUAUCUUUUCUCCUUCGUGCAUGUUUUGUGGGUGACUGUACCUGAGAGAGGUGCAUGUGGAUAGGAGGUUGUGAAGGAGUUUGCAGGGUGUGCGCAGAAAAUACAACCGCUCAUGCUGAAAUUUGUCGGUGAUAGUGCAUGCCUGCCUCAGCAGAUGGCAUGUGUGUCGUAAGCAUCAUGUGUACAGGCAGAGCAGGAAGAACAGAAGUGGAUUGGUCACGUUGGUACGUGGUGAAAUAAGUGCCAGCAGUGCCAAGUGAUCGGAAAAGGAGAACCAAGAUGUGCAUGUUCUUUGCCUUCUUGUACAGUGCAGUGCUGGCACUUACUUCGGUGCAGCAGGAAAAUUUCCUAGCAAAUGUGGCUGGUAAGAGCCACCUGCUGCCACCUUUGCAGAUGACAAAAACAGGCAGCCCUAACAGCUACAAUGUGAUUGUGCCGCUUAAAAGGGCCAUGUCACUUUAAGGGUGAAAAGCACACAAAGGUGAAACUGUACGGAAAAGUACAUUUGUUGAAUGAAGUUGCAUGGUUUGUAAAGGCAAUAUUGACACCAUCAAAAAAGUGCUGGAGCACUACGACCCUUCAAUAUGUUUGCAAGACGCUAAUGCGAGCAUACGGUGCUGAGUAAAGAUUAGAACUGCAAGACAAUUUGAGUCUUACUACCGCACAUAAAUUAAUACCAUCUAUUAUUGCGUUUGCUCUUGGUACUUCGAGCCAAAGCGCAAAAUGUUUCAUUGCCUUGGUCUUGCAAAGGCAACGUAAAAUAGUGUGACGUCCUGAAUGCCUCUCGCAGUGUUGGAGCAGAAAGUUUUGGAUAUUUCUGAUAGUUGUCCUUCAAGCCAUACUUGCCUAAUACCUGCCUGCUGACUGUGCCUGUGCUGUUUCUCGUACCACACUGUUCUUUGCAGUGUUUCGGUCACUGCCUUUCUGUACGGUGUCGUGCCUGCCAUACCGCCUCUCCCUGUGUUGCUUUUGCAAUUGUUUCAAAAGGAAGGCCACUUCUGUUCUGGGCAUAAAAGUACAGAGCUCUGCAUAAACGGGGGGGGGACGAUUUUCUGUGUAGAUGUUCACAGUAAGUAUAGUGUAUAACGUAAUCGUAAAUUCCAUACUUUCAUAAGGAUCGGUUGUUGCUGUUCCACAAGGAACACACAGUAUCAUUUGCUUGGUAGUUCAGCUUUAAUCAGUACACUGAGUCGGUUUACUGAAACUUGAAAACUAAAGGUGCCUAUGUGCCCAAAUUGCAUUGCUAUUCGAAAAAUUUCAGCUCCACAAAAUUAGUCUGGAUUCACUCGUAGCAUAUGUGUAUGCCUUGGAUGUGGAAAAGAGUCGUCGUAAACAAAAGCAGUAUCGUUGUUUGUAUGCGCGACUGUACUCCCUCGAACAAUUGUCAUCAUUGCGACCUCUUAACCUCUGCGUACAUGGAGCUUAGUACUAAACAGAAAGUUGUUGAUGUACAACAGCUUAAACUGGUCUGGCUUUUCCUUAGCUCUGAAGAAUCUAGCAAAUUGUUUGGGAGGUUGCACAUUUGACGAAAUUAGUCUGCUCUGACGACAUGCUUGUUGAACGGGAUCAAUUGUUUCGCCCCCUUAUGAACUACAAGACCCUACCUCCCCCAAAGCACUUGUAGCACACUAAUGGUAAAAACUUUUUUGUCAGUUUUUCGUGGAAGUGACUGCGUAUUUCUGCUGCCAAUCAUAAGGUCAUGGGUUUUAUCGCUGGCCCUUGCAGCUGCAUUCUAAUGGGGGCGUGAUGCAAAAGUGGUCCCUUGUCGUGCUUUAGGAGCAAGCUAAGAAAACUUCAGCGCUAAUCACGUUCAAUCAGGAGCAAGGGCUGUCAUGGCUUACGUUUCAGUGGAAUGUUGUUUUUCAUCUAUCAUUCAACUGAGAACACUGAGAGUGCAAAAAGUGUUUCAAGACGUGAAAUCUAAUUGAUGUUAGGGACAUUAAACAAUCGUGAUCUUCAUGAUCCGAUGCUCCAGAGUGCAGAUGCUCUCCAAGUAUAAUGUAUGGUUCGACUAAGCUAUGAGCCUGAGAUGUUGCAAGUGUUGACGUUUGCUUCUCCUACAGGCUGGCAAGUGUCGGCCUUCAAUAUUUGUGCCAUAUUAGGUGCUUCAACAAAAACUGUGCAUUGAAGCUUCCGUCUCAAACCUGUCAGUUGAAGGUCAGUGUGUUUUGUGUGCCUCAUGGCACAAGUAGCGUGUUCUUGUGCUGUUUGAUGGUGAAUCUAGUGCAUCCUUUUUUAAUGCUCUUGCACAAUCAAAAGACAGAGGUUCAUUGUAAUCCAAGAGUGGAUUGUAUACCGGUUGGCAUUGUUGUUUUGCUGUUAUUUGCCAGCGUUUUGCGUGGCAAUCUUACGUGAUUGGUUUUAAGCGUGAAUUUGGUCUCCAAGUGCUUUCAAAUAAAGACUAUUUCGAGAGCA